AUCUUCGGUUUUUGCAUCUCUACUUGUGCUAUUUCUUGGCUUCUUUUCUGCACUCAGACAAUAUCUCUCUACAAAUUUAAUUAUUUCCUCGUAUAGUAUAUUUAGUUAAAUUCCAGAAUAAAAAUGUCAAGCAGAAGGUCAAGAUCCAGGCAAUCAGCAGCUUCAGUGAUCACUGACGAGCAAAUCAACGAUCUUGUUUCCAAAUUGCACCAGCUUCUUCCUGAAAUUCGCAACCGCUGCUCCGACAAGGUAUCAGCAACGCGGGUGUUACAAGACACAUGCAGCUAUAUCAGAAGCUUGCACAGAGAGGUUGACGACUUAAGUGAGCGUCUAUCAGAGUUGCUGGACAACACAGAUUCCACCCAAGCUUCGAUUAUCAGGAGUCUACUAAUGCAAUAGAUCCAUCGUCGCCCUUUAUUUUCGUAUUAUUAUUUUUUGGAACGUUUUUGGUAUUCCUGUAC